AACAUGGAGCAGCGUCCUGGUGUGGCCCGUCCAGGCGGAGCUGCUGCACUUGCAGGGUCAGCCUCGGCCUCUGUGACCCUGGCGGAGCUCGUGCAGCUGGUGCAGCGGGGCCAGGCGCUCCCGGACGUGCAGCAGCUGCACAUCGCGGCGACCCUCGGCGAGCCCACGGCGUCCGCGUUGCCGCGCAAGCCCAAGCCCUGGGAGGCGGCGGGCCCCACUGAACCCCGGGGCGCCGGGGAGAGGAGCGGCCCGGCAGAGGCGCCAUCGUUGGGGUCCUGAGGUUCGUGGACUUGGCGGCGGAGACCUGGAGGCUGCCCGUGC